AUGCGCUGGGUGUCUGCCUUCCUUGCCCUGGCAUUAACAGGUGCAUUGCAAGCAAAUGCACUGGAUGCUACAAUCUUCACCUUUCCUUCCAAGACUACAAACUCUUUAUCUGCUAGUCCCCAACAACAAACAAUAUCAGAAGAUGAGGCCCGGCUUGUUUUGGAGCUUCGUAUGAAGUCCUCCGUAGCAUCGGUCCUCGGAGUGGUGGAUGCAGACACUGUGCACUACUUGAAUCAGUUCGCUCAAGAUGAUUUUACUCUCUUUGGGGGAGCUACUGGGGAGAGUGCCCCCAAGAAAAGCAUCUUGAUUCUGGAAGGGAUCAACCAGGAAGUUGGCAAGUGGAAGCGGACUCACACUUGA